AUUACCUACCUUAAUUGCAGUCAAUGAAGGGUGUUGUUGCUGGCCUUGUCAUGGUGCUCAGUGCUCUCGCCGGUCUCCGGCCUGGCAAGACUACGAGAGCUGUGCCGGCGGUCUACGUGCUCGGGGAUUCGUCUCUGGACGUGGGCAACAACAAUUACCUGCCGGGGAACAGUGUCCCAAGGGCCAACAAGCCCUUCCAUGGCGUCGACUUCCCUGGACCCGGAGGACCAAGGCCCACCGGAAGGUUCAGCAAUGGCUACAAUGUGGCCGACUUCAUUGCCAAGAAUCUGGGGUUCGAGAGGAGCCCCCCGGCUUAUCUGUCGCUGAAAUCGCAUCGUCGUCUGAUCCGGACUGCUCUCCUCAGAGGCGUAAGCUAUGCAUCUGGAGGAGCUGGGAUUCUCGAUUCAACGGGCGCCGGAAACAACAUCCCGUUGUCGAAGCAGGUCGAAUACUUCCAUUCGACAAGAGCGGCGAUGGAGGCCAAGCUGGGCUCCGGCGUGGUGACCGACCUGCUCGCGGAAUCCUUCUUCCUCAUCGGCAUCGGCAGCAACGACCUGAUACAGUUCGUCACGGCGAAGAACAAGUCGGCGACACAGAGCGACGUGGCCGCGCUCUACGGCAGCCUCAUCUCCAACUACUCCGCCACCAUCACGGAUCUGUACAUGAUGGGCGCGAGGAAGGUCGGCAUCAUCAACGCGGGCCUGUCUGGGUGUAUCCCAAUGGCCCGCGCGGACGACGCGACCGGCGCAUGCAACGACGGCACAAACGAGCUCGCGGCCGGGUUCAAUGGCGCCCUCGAGUCCUUCCUCGCCGACCUAGCGCCCAGGCUGCCGGGCCUGGCCUACUCCCUCGCCGACGGCUUCGCCCACAGGCAAGUCCUCAUCGCCGACCCGCAGGCUGCAGGCUUCGUGAGCGCGACCAGCGCGUGCUGCGGGAGCGGGAGGCUCGGUGGGGAGGGCGAUUGCCUGCCGACGUCGAACAUCUGCCGCCACCGUGAUGGCUACGUCUACUGGGACUGGGUGCAUGCGACACAGCGGGCCGCUAAGAUGGCCGCCGAGGCGUUCUUCCAUGGCCCGGCGCAGUUUACCAUGCCUCUUACUUUCAAGCAGCUGGCAGAGAAGAAAGGGGCCGACCUAAUGGAACAAUAAACAUCCGGUGUUCUAGUAUAAUUUGCUCAGAGAGGACUUGGUUAUGUCUCGGUCGGUAUUAUAUUCGUAUGAUCUUGCAUGAAGAUCUGUGUAAUUUCUUUUCUUUUUUCUUCUUAUAUACUAUGAGACUGGCUAUGUGCCAGUUGUCUGAAUAAAAUUGGGGAUCAUUCACUUUUUCA